ACUUAUUACGCAUACACAAUCGUGGCGUCUCGCUUACCGGCUGGGUGAGGCGGUAUGCUGGUCCAGUUUAUUAUAUUUUGUUUCCAUUUUACUAUUUCGACUGGCUUUCGUUUCGUUGAUGUUGAAGAGAAUGCGAAUGUUGGGAUACCCUUCACUCUGACCUGGCAUAGGGAUCCAGGCGACCCACUGGAAUUUCAGUUUGAGCAAAGAAAUGUCUCCCAACCGGCUGGUCAAGGAGAGCUAAUACCUUUCACACCGCCUGAUAAUGGUACCACCGACGGUAUAGUGACCGUCAAUUUUCCAGCUCCUGGAACAUAUGUCGUUGAAAUAAUAGUCGACAACCACUCAAUAAGAGCGACGAGCUCGCCAAUUUUUGCUAGUAAUCAAGAUGCCCAAAAUAAUCACAGUCUUGCGCCGUCAUCUACCUCUUCAGCCCCGGUCAUAAUAAGUACUCAAAGCUUCAACCCCUCUUCUGAGCCGAUAUCAUUGAACUUUGCUCGUAGUUCCUCAUCUGGAGUAUCAACCACUGAGAGCUCCUCCCAAAUCAGUGAAAGCGGCUCGACUGCUGGUAGUGCUUCAACAACUACCAACAUCCUUACACCUUCAUCUGACCUCUCUUACACUAGUGAUGCUGCCUCGCAUAUCACCGAAAGCGGUUCGAUCGCUGGUAGUCCUUCAAUAACUGCCUCCACCCCUGCAUCUACAUCUAACAACUCCUCGCAUAAACCACGCAACACAUCGACAAUAAUUGGAGCCGUGAUUGGCCCUAUACUGUUCUUCAUCCUCCUUUCUGUAGGAGUAGUUGUUUAUCGCCGCCUACGCAGGAAUAGAAACCACCGAUCAUCACCCAGAUCCAUCGUUGCGUUUCGAGACCAACAAAUACAGCCUUCCUCCCAGGAUCCGGAGCAUGGCGUGAUGCACAAGCUGCGAGGACCAGAUGCAUCUGUACCAGCUUCAGUGGAAGUAGGGCCCGAAGCACCGAUUUUGUCAUCAAUAGAUUCUGGGAUGGCAGAAUUAGGAACCGAAGAUGCAGAGUCAACGGACCAUCUUCCAGGCAAGGGGGAAAGGCGGGCGUUGGCUGCAAGUCCAAUUUCUGUAUCCCAAGAUGAUCAUUCCCCCGCACAUCUGCCUCUCAGAGGUUUAGCCGAAUCCGACAGUCGUCAAAUUCCGGAUGAAGAGCCGAUAUCGCACGCAAGUACUUCAGCACUACGACCUCGUGAAACGAAGGAUGAAAUGGCCGAAGAGAUCCUCAGGUUGCGUACCCAAAUCCAGCAGCUCACCAUCGAGAGACCGUCGGUAUGGAAUCAAGGUAGCGAGAGGGACCCUCCUCCGGCAUAUGUUGAAGAAGUAUAACAGGAACGGACGUGUAACUCUGAUACCUGGUGAAAUGAUGGGAUUCAUUAUUAGGGACUAUCAUUUAAGGAAAUUUGCAGCAUUGUUGAACGGAUAUUUAUUUCAUUAAAUUUUGUUCUUAUAAUAUCUACGGUACUUGCUUCUGUUACUACUUGGUCGACUCUUGAUUUGUUUUUAGGGUCUGUCGUUUUAAAAAGUAGUUUAGAGAAGGUGGCAGCAUUUUUGGAUGAAAUUUUGUUUCAUUUUCUUGCUAUUCAUUUUCGUGCUAUAGUAGUAUCUGCAAUGUGUGAUUCUAAACCUAAAGGUGCCAGUAUCUCAGGAUUCAAUUCUCCGCUAUGCCUGUUGGGAUUCAGGGGCUUUGACGCCAAUUCGACACGACAACCAAUUAGUCACGUGGCCGCUCUCACGAAGUUUGAAAUCCAUCACCAUUCCAUGGUUAGUAGUUACCUCCGCCACAAAGGCUG